AUGUAUGCAGCAGCCCACGUUCAUUUCAUCAAUGCCCUUGAAAAUAACACUUUCAAUGAGUUCACUCGACUACUAAACGCAGCGAAUGCAGCAAAUGAUAUCAAAAGUUUAAAAGAGAUGUACGUUGACUUCUUCGUUCGGGAGAAUUGUGUUUAUACUUUGGAUAAUCAAAGACGGUUCCUCAGUUUAUUUGGAAGCUAUGACACCAGUCCAACCCAUAUUGAAGCUCAAUUAGAAGAUAUUGCUAAACAGCUACUCUGUGUAUGUGUCACUAUCGCAAAAUUGGUCCAAGUUGAACUCGACAAUUUUUGCAGCACAAAUCCAGAAUUUCCUCCUCCUAGAGACCCUCCGCUUCCAAGUGGAACGCUUAUUUUGCUCGACCGUACCAUCGACCCUAUUGCACCGUUUCUACAUGAAUUCACAUACCAAGCGAUGAUUGCCGACUUGUUGAAAGUCGAAGAGAUUCCUGCAGGUCUCAAAUACGAAUACAAGUAUACUCAAGAAGAUGGAACAACUCAGAACCAAGAAGUGACAUUAGUUGAACAAGAUCUUGUUUACACCAAUAUCCGUCACAUGCAUAUUGCGAACACGACGGAAAAACUCAUUAGCGACUUUAACGAAUUUUUGAACGAAAAUAAAAUCUCAUCCAGCGGUGGAUAUGCUACAGCGAGCAGUUUAAAUGACAUGAAAAACAUGAUUGCUAACUUACCACAAUAUCAAGAAAUGAAAACUAGGUUUUCUGCUCAUAUGAAUAUUGCCAACGAAUGUAUGCAGCAAUUCAAAGAUCAAAACUUGGAAGAAAUCGGGUUGAUGGAACAAAACAUGGCGUGCGGAGAAACGGUCAACGGCGAAAAACCAAAGAAUCUUGUCGAGGCAUUAACACCUAUUCUUGAUGAUCCUCUCACCAGCCAGAUGAUAAAAGCGCGUUUGAUAUUACUAUGGAUCGCAACGUCAGAUACCGUUGAUCCUGAAGAUUUAGAGACACUAUUGGCUGUCGCUCGUUUAGAGCAGGAGUAUAAGGAUGCAAUUGAAAAUAUAAAGCUUUUAGGUGUGCAGUUGUUCAAAUCGGCAAAUCGCUUGGGUAAGAAGAUGAAAAAGGGGCUCAAGAAAAAAGCAAAUCCUCAACAAGAGGUCCCAUUCGAUCUUUCGCGUUAUGUGCCAGUCAUCAAGCGUAUUAUGGAAGGUCACAUCGACGGAACAAUAGAUCAGAGUUUAUUUCCUCACAAUAUCCAUAAUGUAAGAGAACGCAAUACGCGAAAGGAUACGGCAGAAAUAGUCAAAGAAGUACCAAAGCUACGAGUAUACAAAACACAAUGGCAUAAAAAAUCGACCGGUACCAAUGCUGGCCCUAAACCUCCUUCAGGUCCACCUAUCAUUAUCUUUAUUGUAGGUGGCAUGACUUAUUCAGAGAUCAGAUCAGCAUACGAAAUAGCUGAAACCUACGAUCGAGAAGUUUAUAUAGGUUCAACUCAUAUUAUUACGCCUGACAAAUUUGUGGAGGAUCUUGGUCAAUUAGACAAGAAACUGCUUGCACCUAAAAAAGUCAUUGCGCCGUAUACAGGAUCAGUUCAUAAAAGCGUACGAACUGCAUCAAAUACAAAUAGUAGUAAGUCUGGACUACCACCACGUACGUCAUCUUCAUCAUCCAAUACCUCGUCGAGAAGUCAUCGCAUUCUAGGAAAGUGGUAA